AUGACCAUAAAUAAUAAUAACGAUAAUAUUAAUAAUAAUAUUAAUAGUAUUAAUUUAGGCACAAAUAAUUCAAAAAUUCCAAAUGUUGAGGAUGAUCACGAUAUUUAUUUUGUGGAUCACGAUUCAAGAACAUCAUUUCAUAGAGGCUUAGUCAUUUCCUGUGUUUUUAUUGAUUUAAGAAUAGAUCCAAAAAAAAAUUGUGUUUUAUAUUGCAAAAAACUAUAUUCUCCCAGAGAAAAUCAAAAUGUCUAUCAUGUAGGAAAAACUAAGUUAUCUCUAAACACAAUAGAAAAAAGAGCUUCAUUCAUAAUAUCAGAGUUUAGGGAUAAAUAUAAUAUGGUAACAAAUAACUGCUAUACUUUUUGUUAUGAAGUAGCAAUAGAUAUUGUUGAUGAUAAAAAGAAAUUUAAAAAAAAUGUUCCAGUCACCUGGGAUAUUUUUAAAAGUUCUAAAACUAUUGGUAGUUCAAUCCUGAUGGAUUUUAAAGAAUUAGACACAAAAAUUUCUGAAAUAAAAAUAAAAAUGGGUGAUUCUAUAAAAAAUUUUCCUUUUGGGGAUUUUGUUUUUCAAGAAGGAGGAUUUGUGCAUGUCAAUAAGUACAUAACACCAAAUAAUAUAGAUCAAUCUGACUAUUCCAAAAUAAAUAAUAACAAUAAAAAUAAUAAUAAUAAUAAUUUAACUAUUAUAAAUAACAAAGAUCAAUCUAAAAAUGAUAAUAAUAACUCUAAUGGUGAUAAUAAUGAUAGCAGCAUUAAAAAUAAAAGUAAACAUAAAAAGAAUACUCUUAUAUAUAAGGAAAAAGAUAAAAACGUCCCUGAUGCAAGUUCCAAAUAUAAUAAUAGUCAAAUCUGUAGCAAUUUAAGUGGUUUUAGUGGUCCUAAUAAUUACAACAUCAAUACUUCAUAUAACUAUGUUAAUAAUCAAAUUAAUAAUACUCCCAUGAAUUUCACUUAUUAUCCUAAUAGCAACAAUAGCAAUACUCCAAACAAUUUUUCAAAAAGUCCUACUAUUAAUAAUCCAGGUAAUUUUACAAAUAUUAAAGGUUGUCCCAUGAACUAUUCAAAUGGCGCUGGUAAUCACAAUAUGAAUAGUAAUAAUCCUUCUAUGAAUAGCAAUAAUCCAAUUAAUUGUUCAAAUAGUUCAACUAGUCCUAGUAAUCCACUAAAUUUAACAAAUAAUAUAUAUUUGCCUCCCAUGAAUUAUUCAAAUGGCGCUGGCAUUCCUAAUUGUAACAAUAGCAAUACUCCUAAUAAUAUUAUGAAUGGUUUUAGUAAUGCCAAUAGUGGUAAUAUAAAUUCGUCAAAUAAUUUGAAUAAUAGUAAUAAUCAUGUUGAUCCUAAUAGUUAUCAUUUAAACCAUAACUAUGCUAUUAUGCAAAAUGGUGUUCCAAAUAAUCCUAAUAUCCAUUCUAAUAAUCAUACAAAUAGUAAUAUUGGUAAUAAUAACAACAGUGGUUUAAAAACUUCAUCCUCCCCCAGUGGCCAUUCAAAUCAUCCCCCAACAGGCUCACCACCUCAACCAAAUAGUGGUUAUCACUCUCCAAAUGCCAAUACUAAUAUAAAAGUUAAAAACGAUAAUGAAAAAAUAAAAUGUCCAAAAUGCAACACAUUUUAUAGUCCAACAGGUUCGUCUCAUUCCCAGUAUUGCUCAACUAAAGCAGAACUAGAAAAAAAUAGUAACUUUUAUAAUAAAAAUAAUAAACCCUUCAAAUAA